GUCGAGGACGCCUCGAGGACCACCGUGGCGGACCUCUUCGGCGUGGCGCGGGAGGCGGUGGCCGUCUCGGUGGCCAGCGCGCGGCGGCUGCCCACGGGGCGCGCCCCGCCCAGGCGCCUGACGGGCAGCUGGCUUGUGAGCUACGAGGCCGAGGUGCCGGAGGCAGAGGUGGCGGCCGUGCAGGCGGCCGCCGCCGAGGCGAGCGGCAACGCCAGCGCGGUGAGCGCCUCCCUGCGCAGCUCCCUGGCGGAGGCCGGCGUGGCCGAGCAGGGCCUGUCGGGCUUCGUCCUGUCGGGCUUCCAGGCCGCGGUGUCGACGCCGCCCCCCACGAUGGCCCCGACGCCGCGGCCGGUCGCGCUCCUCGGCCUGCCCGUGGCGUCGCCGCCGACGUCUUCCAGGAUGACGUGCGCGCAGCUGGACUGGCAGGACGAGGUCGGCAGCUGCUUCGGGCCCAGCAUAGGACGGAGAGGGG